CUGACCGGCGCACGUCCUGCUCUCCAAGCCCCCACGCCAAUGACGAACGAAAGUCCAAACGAAAGUCCACCGCUUCCAGUGCCCAUCCUCCCGAGGAGCCACCGGUCGUGGUCGUCGUCGUCGUCGACGCCGCCGCGGCAGCCGCCGCUUUCCCUGGAAAUCGGCUCACCGUCCACGCAUUUGGUCUACUUCGUGGAUUUGGAUUAAUGCUCCUAAAUUUCUUUGGAAUCAAACAAAUUUAUGAUUUGAAGUUGAUGCAUCUUUAUGCUGUUGAGAUUCUUCAAUGUAUGUGUAACCAUUUAUCAACUUUAAAAGAGCAACAUCGUGUUGAUUGUGGAGUGAUUGAAGCAAUCUUUGAAGCUUCCAAGCAGGGUAUGGUUGAAUUUGUCAUUGAGCUAUUGAAAAUCAACCAACCACUCAUUUACAAUAAUAAAGAUGGCAGAAACGUUUUCAUGGUUGCAAUCCAAUAUCGUCAAGAAAACAUUUUCAACCUCUUUUAUGGCAUUCAUGAGGCAUGGAAGACGUUAAUUCUUAAUCGCAAAGAUGUGAAAGGGAACAACACGUUACAUGUGGCAGGGGAGAUAGCUCCUCACUUUCAACUUGCUCGAAUCACCAGCCCAGCAUUGCAGAUGCAAAGAGAGCUACAAUGGUUUAAGGAAGUGGAAAGAAUUGUUCCAGAAUGGUGCAAAGAAGCUAAAAAUUUUCGUGAUGGUGAAAAACCUCCGAAAACCCCUUAUGAAGUAUUUUCCGAAAGCCACAAGGAAUUGGUGCAAGAGGGAGGGAAAUGGAUGAAAGAAACUGCAAGUUCGUUUAUUAUUGUUGGUACUCUAAUUGUUACGAUUAUGUUUGCAGCGGCUUUUACUGUCCCAGGUGGCAAUGAUCAAAAUUCUGGGUUUCCCAUAUUUUUGCGGAAGAGAUCAUUUAUGAUAUUUAUAAUAUCUGACGCAAUUUCCUUUUUUGCUGCAUCGACGUCAGUCUUAAUGUUUUUGGGAAUUCUAACAUCCCGCUUUGCUCAGGAAGAUUUUCUUGUGUCCUUACCAAAGAAGUUGAUGAUCGGCCUUUCCACUCUAUUUAUUUCUAUUGCAGCCAUGAUGAUUAGCUUUUGUGCAGCGCUUUUGAUAAUGCUACAUGAUCGACAAUGGGCAAUAAUUCCCAUAAUUUUGAUGGCUAGCAUUCCAGUUACGCUUUUUGUAUGGUUGCAGUAUCCUCUACUUGUUGAAAUUUUUGUUUCAACAUAUACUUCGAAAAUCUUUGAUAGAAAAAUGAAGCCUUGGCUGUAGUGGAGAGCAAGUUGAUUGAUAUUUUGCAAGUGACAAUCUCUCCCGCUAACUUGAAAUUCCUUAGCUUGUUCUUUGGUUUGGUUGUUGGAACUCCAAAUUUCUGUGUUUUAUUUGGUUGUAUCAUCAGAGAUUUCUUGCUUUUUAUGAGACUCUGAGGUCUAUGUGCCUUCCCU